ACUGUGUAAAGCUGCUUUGUGACAACAUUGUUGUAAAAAGCGCUAUACAAAUAAACUUGAAUAGAAAAACUUGAAUACUGCUGCAGGGACAGAGCGGACCUGAUUCCAGAACAGACCACUUCCUCAGAAACGGACUCCGUGCAGUCUCGCCUCACUGCUCUCUGCUGUGCUGCAGGCGUCUUCACUUUAAAUUCCUAAGUACACUAAGGUGUGGAGUCCAAACCUGAUGUAAUUCCAGCCCUAGAUGUAUGUGAAUCAGACUGAAGGUCAUCUGUACUACGGUCUGGGGGUCUUGUGGACUAAAGAGAGUGGGCUAUCCUUCACGUGAUCGUGGCCAGGUGGAUGAAACGUGCUGCGUUCGAGCUCAAUAUGCUCAAGAAAUGGAAUAAACCACCUGCUUGCCAGCAGCGUUGAUGGUUAUAUGGAGCCGAACCGUCCAGUCUGUCUGUAUUCGCUCCUGCUGCUCCUUCAACGCUUCUCCUCCUCGCUAGGAGCUUCAUCAGGAUGAAACUGCGUGCUCCUUUUCUGCUGUGAGAGCCUUUGGCCAGCCCCUUCUCUCUCCUCGAGGAUUUCACCCAUGUGAGAAGAGCUAGGACUUUGGAUCGCAGCUGGUUGAUGACCAAAGAGCAAAAGCUAUCAGAUAGCAUGGGUGCAAUCAAGUCCACUGACCGUUUGGAAGGAAAGACCCUUGGGAUCCCAUCGUUCCCAGGCUGCGUUUUAGCAGCUGACUAGUGAAACUGGAUGUUUAAAACAUUUUCUGUCUCUGAGCUGCACUUGUCUAAGAACUAGGAUGCCAAAAUCAUACAGCAGGAAACUGUCUCUGUGCCAGUCGUUCACCCUUGUUACCCUGUUGGUGUCCCCAGUUUGCCUGUCCUCUCUGCACUCAGCCAGAGAGGUUGAUGGGCUAGUUGUUGGUCGUUCAUCUCGGGUACCGCGGCAGCUAUUCUAUCAGAACGAGUGGGCUCCGUGGAGUAGCUGGUCUGAGUGUUCCCGCUCCUGUGGAGGAGGGGCUUCCAUCCGCAGACGCACCUGCAUUGUCAGGAAUCCAGUUGGAGGGCCGUGUUUAGGUGAUCCAAGACAAUAUAAAAUCUGCAAUAACGAGGAUUGUCCACCUGGGUCCACAGAGUUCAGAGAACUGCAAUGCAAAGCUUUCGACGACAAACAACUGGUUGCUGGCAGCAGUUAUAGGUGGACUACCUUUCAUGGAGGCUCUAACCCAUGUGAACUCAGCUGCCUGGCCUUGGGCUACAAUUUCUACUACAAUUUUGGGCGAGUCCUGGAUGGCACACCCUGCCAAACGGAGCCUGGAGCCAUCUGUGUGAAUGGCAAAUGCCUGAAACCAGGCUGUGACCUGAUCUUUGGCUCGGAGCAGCAGGAGGACGCCUGCAUGGUAUGCGGAGGACAGAACACCACCUGCCUCCAUCACCACAGUGUCUACCAAAGCAACGGCCAGGAGCUCGGGCCGUUUGGAUACAAUGAGGUCACCAUGAUCCCCGCCGGAGCCACUCACAUCAGAGUGACCGAUAACAGCAAAAACUAUUUAGCCCUUCAGAAUGGACGCUCCCAGUUUGUGAUCAAUGGGAACUGGAAGAUCAGUGUGCCGGGAGAGUAUGAUGUAGCUGGAACUAAACUGCUGUACCGCCGCUCUGCUGAUACCUGGGAGAGCUUUGAGGUACCUGGGCCCACAAAGGAGGACCUUCAUGUUAUGGUGCUGUCCACUGAUACAACUUCUGGGAUAGAGUAUGAGUAUUGGUUGCCCCCUGACCGCUACGCCCUGUACCACGGAAGGAAAAGCCCACUUCGGCAGCCUCAACACGGGUCAAACUUCCUACCCUGGGAACCACCAACCCCAACCACAACCAUAACCACCACCACUACCACUAAAGCUCCUGUCACCAUUCGGCCUCACUGGGGUGGCAGGCCUGUCAGACGUCCCUCUCAGAGGCACCCAGGGCCUCGUCUCGAACGAGAUGAAAACCGAAGCAACUACCUGCCCGAGACGCGCGGUACAGGUCACUGUGGCAAAUGCAGGAAGGUAAAGGGUCGAGGAGAGCGGCAGAGACAGUAUUGCCAGAAGGAUUUUGUCUUCAGAGCCAAGAUCUUAGAGAAGACAUAUAUAGGUGUGGAGACUCGCUAUGACGUGCAGAUCAUCCACACGUACCGCAACCGCUUCCGUCUAGAACACCGAGAAUACCUCUGGGCACCCAACAAAUGUGACUGCCCCCCAUUGGACGAGGGCUAUCAGUAUGUGCUUAUGGUGAGGCGUCAUAUCAACUAUGAGCAGACACUCAAUCGCAUUCUGCUGGAGGAGGACAGCUAUUCUCAGCUUUACCGCCCACGUGAGGACAGCCUGCUGCGCCCCCUAGAAGAGCUUUGCAAUAACAGAGGACCUAGAACUCAGCUGAGAGGGUAAAACCUGGUCUCAGCUCUCCCAUCACUGUGCACUUACUAUAUUUAAUCCUCAUUCCAAAAAACCAUGGACAACAACUGCCCAUCUCUGGCUUUAAGAAAUAAACCAGAGAAGUGGACUGUGGGCUGUGGAAAUUACAUUAACCCUGGGAUUUAAAAGGAACUGAAGCCCACAAAAGUUAAACCUAUUCACUAAAUGAAGCACUUUAGGUAGCUGUUAUGACCUACCUUUAAAACUCACAUACCAAAGAGAAGAAUAUAUUAUUUUUAUUGUUAUUGUUAUUAUUAUUGUUAUUAUUACUAGACUCACUGUUGCCUUUCUGCCGCCAGAAUAUAGUUACCUGAAAUCAUGGGGCUCUGUAUCUUUGCCCUCAUUUGGCAUUCAUGCUGUACUCAGUUAUUGUUGGUUUUAUUUGUAUUUAUGAUGAUAUUAGUACACUUAUUAUUAGUGUUAUG